CCCAUCAGAGCAACUACUCCAGCUACCUGUAGCUGCUAAGGGGGGCAUUUUACCUGCAUUGUCCCCUGUGAGAGACACAGAGAGAGCUCCGUGUGAAACAGCAGUGGAGGAACAAAGAUUGUUGUCAGUCAGGAUCUUCAGAACAGAGGAAAGUGUGGGGAUACUAGCAGAGAGACCAACAGUCUACAGAGAUCCUUCAGUGGAAGAUUUGCGUAUCACUUCAUCUAUGGUAGAGGAACUGGAGGAACUGGUCUUGGAGAUGAAGUCUGAAUCAAAAGUGCCAAGGAGUGACAUCAUCGCAAAGGCUCCUUCUCCUGCAGUGACAGAGGCGGCCAACAGAGUGUUGGCACUCAGGAUCCCCAGUAGAGAUAGUUGUGUGGGGAGACCAGCAGUGACACCAGAGAGACACACAUCUCCAGGAGCAUCUCCACAGUCUUGUCGUGUGUCAGUGAGCCUGGUCAGGGCUCUCUCUGACCCCACCAGUCACAGCAAAGCUCCGGGUGGAGAGUCUGUUCAUAAAUCAGUAGAAACACAGACCUCUUCUGAUUCAGAGGAUCAAGACCAGAGCUCGAUGACAGGUUUUACUGGAUUGGACCAAGUCAGCCUUUCUGAGCCCUCCCUUCAGAACUUUGCCAAUUGUGUGUGGACUCUUUACAACUUGACCAGAGAUUCUCCUGAGGGCUGUCUGUCCACCACAGUACUCUCCCGGCCUCCCUUCAACGGCUCAGCUCACAUCAGGAACUUUGGUCCAGAGCAUGUUCUGUUGGCAGAGAGGCCCUGUCAGCAACAAGUCGAGACCCAGAAUCCUGCCAGCCAGCCAGAACUGUGUCAAGCUUAUCAGCCCCAGCUGGUCCAGGCUCAGCCGGGCCCAAGUUGGCCCUACUUCCCCGGGAUCCCAUCCUCAGCCCUCCCCCUUCCCCCCUCACGCCCCACCACCCCCAACCAAGAUAUCAGCGUCCCCGACCAUUUCCUCUUUCUGGAUGGUAACCAGGUGUCAUUGGGUCAGAGUGCUCCUGCUUCAACUACAGUUCCCACUGGCCACAAUCAGCCUUCUGGGUUGAGGACCAAUCAGCCUGCUGGAUCCAGGAGAGACAGCCCCCAUGGGUUCCUCUCCUUGUCCUUUCCAAUAGAAUACCUGAUUGGUGAGGAGGGCCGAAUGGUCUCCCCAGCACUGAUCCGUGUGCUCUUACCCCAGCCCAACGAGGAGGAAGAGAGACCAGCCUCCAGAGAGACUAGCAGCCAGAGAGACUAGCCGCUGGCAAAGGCGAGCUUAUCUGCAGAGGACUGCAGAGUUUUUCGAAGCCUCUUAUUAAACAUGGAGUCAU